CGUCCAAACAAGGAUCAGCUCAGCAAACACUGACCAGGUCAGGAUAUCACAAGGAAACCCCUUGGACAAACUUUUCCUUUCAGGAAGGAUAAGAGCAAAUUCAAGAGGAAAUCUUGAUUGGAUUUUUGGAGGCUGGAGAGGAUUUACUACAUCGUAUACAUCAGGGGCUCUUGAGCGAUUAGACUGCCAGGCGACACAGCUUCAAGAUGGUGCGUCAAAGCAAGGCCAAUAUCCUCUUCCUCAUCAGGGUUGGGCUGCUGCUGGGUCUUGCUAACCCCCUGGUGACCUCUGCCUCGUGUCCCUCGGCCUGCCGCUGUGAUGGGACCUUUAUCUACUGUAAUGACCGUGGCCUGACUUCCAUCCCCACUGGUAUGCCCCUGAAUGCUACAGUGCUCUUUCUGCAAAACAAUCGCAUUAAGAGCGCGGGCAUACCUACAGAGCUACGCACUCUCGUCAACGUGGAGAAGAUCUACCUGUACUGCAACAAUCUGGAUGAGUUCCCGCGUAACCUUCCUCUCGGGCUUAAAGAGCUCCACCUUCAGGAGAACAAUGUUCGGAUGAUUACCCAUGACACUUUAGCUCAGAUUCCCUACAUCGAGGAGCUGCACCUGGAUGAUAACUCUGUAUCAGCAGUCAGCAUAGAGGAGGGGGCCUUCAGGGACAGUUCUCACCUCAGAUUGCUUUUCCUCUCCAGAAACCACCUAAGCACCAUCCCUUCAGGCCUCCCCAUGAGUAUUGAGGAGCUGCGCUUUGAUGACAACCGCAUCUCCUCCAUCUCAGAGCAGUCGCUGCAAGAUCUCAUCAACCUGAAGCGGCUAAUCCUGGAUGGUAACCUGCUUAACAACCAUGGGAUUGGGGAGAUGGCUUUCAUCAACCUGAUCAACCUGACGGAGCUCUCGCUAAUGAGGAACUCCCUGACAUCGCCGCCAGCCAACCUGCCCGGCACCAGUAUGGAGAAGCUGCAGCUACAAGAUAAUCAUAUUAAUCGAGUCCCGCCCGGGGCUUUUGCCUUCCUUAGGCAGUUGUAUCGCCUGGACCUGUCCGGUAACAACCUGAGCAGCCUCCCACAGGGUGUAUUUGAAGAUCUGGACAAUCUCACACAGCUGCUGCUACGCAACAACCCCUGGCAGUGCACUUGCAGAAUGAAAUGGGUGCGCGACUGGUUGAGGUCAUUACCAACUAAGGUGAAUGUACGUGGCUUCAUGUGCCAGGGUCCGGAUAAAGUCAAAGGCAUGGCGAUUAAAGAUCUCACUACGGACAUGUUUGACUGCUCAGAUUCAGAGAUCAACCCAAUGUAUGAGACAAGCACAGUCUCCAACACUGUGCGCCCCUCACAGCCCAAGUGGCCGUCGUUUGUGACCAGAAGGCCGGUGAUAAAAGGACCCGACAUCAGUAAGAAUCACCGCAUCUCUACCACCUCUACAGGCAGAAAGAUCAUCACCAUCAGUGUGAAGUCAAGUAAUGCAGAUACAAUUCACAUAUCAUGGAGGGUGUCACAGCCCAUGACUGCCCUACGGCUUAGUUGGUUAAAGCUGGGACACAGCCCUGCCUUUGGGUCCAUCACUGAGACCAUUGUGCAGGGGGAGAAGAAGGAGUACCUGCUCACUGCGCUGGAGCCAGAGUCUUCCUAUAGGAUAUGCAUGGUUCCCAUGGAGACCAGCAACAUUUACCUGUCAGACGAGACCCCUGUCUGCAUCGAGACGGAGACCGGUUCUCACAAAUCAUACAACCCAACCACAACUUUAAACAGAGAGCAGGAGAAAGAGCCUUACAAAAAUUCCAGUCUGCCUUUGGCUGCUAUCAUCGGUGGGGCUGUGGCUCUUUUGGCAAUAAUCAUGUUGGCACUAGUGUGCUGGUAUGUCCACAGGAACGGUUCACUAUUUUCCAGGAACUGCACCUACAACAAAGGUCGUCGGAGAAAGGAUGACUAUGCUGAGGCUGGCACAAAGAAGGACAACUCCAUCCUUGAAAUACGGGAGACUUCUUUUCAAAUGAUUCCAAUAAAUCACCUGCCUGUGUCCAAGGAGGAGUUUAUGAUACACACGAUUUUCCCACCUAAUGGCCUGAGUUUAUACAAAAGCCCACAUAGCGAGAACAGUAUUAACAACAGGAGCUACAGAGACAGUGGAAUACCAGAUUCAGACCAUUCCCAUUCAUGAUAUUGCGCAUGGACACUCAUGAUGCGUGCGUUACUUCAACAGAGUGGUGAGACUUUCAAAAAACACUGGAUCUAUAAGACUAAGAAAGCAAUGGACUGUACAUUUGCCAUAUAAUUUAUAUUUAAGGACAUUUUAUGAAGACGGAGAACGUUCCAGUUGCAGGCCAUCACUGAACCAUCAGUGGGUAUGGUAACUAACUGCAAGUCUAUAUUUUAGGGAUUUGUAGUAAUUUGUACUGUAUUUCCUUUGCUUAAGGUUAUCAACCUACUAAAAGAAACUCUGUGUUCUACUGAGAUAUGAUGACUUGUCAACUGUGAAAGUGGGUUUUCAUUGCUGUGUUGAACAAUCAGACUUUAGAAAACCUUGUAGUAUAAGCACAGCUCAUUCUUUUAACUUUGUGGCUGUCUGAAAAACAAAAAGGCAAAAAAAUGACAUGACGUAAAACUAAUUUGCAAAGUAGGCAUGUUGCCCUCUAAAAGAACGAGCGGUCAGUAGCUGUCGCCUCAUUUUAUGGACCAAGAGUCUUGACCUAGUAUUCACCUGGUAUUGAGUACAAAUAACUAAAGAUGAGGUGCCAUGCUUUAUUUCUCUGCUUUGUUCAGUGUGUGUUGUUUUCUGUUCGCAAGAAGAAGAAGAAACACAGCAAAGCAACCCGAGCAGGGCUCCAGUGUUUCUGAUGGGACUGUAGGCCACAGCACAGGGCAGAUAAAGCACACCGACCUUAAGGAGCGUUCUGCUCCUCAAACAAGUAGACUGGACAGGCUGACACAGAGGACCCCCCGCUAUCUCUAUUUGUACAAGCCAACAAUGCCCGGACAACAAUGGCGGCGUUCUUUAGUACCAUGUACCAUACGUCAUUCUAGUCACCAGGCCAAAAAGACAGAUUUGGCCUGUAGAGCUACCACAGUGUCAGAAAGUCCUUGUUAUGAGUGUUAUUUUGUAUUAUUUUUUUCAGAUGAACACACUUUUAUGUUGCCACAAUUUGAAGUUAACUGUUCUUUACAAUUGAAAACCAAAGUGCAUUGUAUGCCCUUUGGCCAGUCUUGUAUGUGCCUUGAUCCAAUGCUUAUUGUAUUUAGCUUUUUAAGAAACCAGUGACUU